CUUUCAGUUCACUGUACCAAAGCUUCUUGUCACAGCUACACUACUUUCGCCAUGAAGCUUCAUCUCACUGUAACGCUUCUUCUCUCUACUGCAAUGUCAGCACUAGCCGAUCCCAUCUUCCGCUGCAAGCGUAACGAGGACGGUACUAUUGAUAAAAGAUGUACCUUUCUUAGUCAUUGCAAUUGCAAAAUGUGGGUACCAGGGAAAGACGCCAGCUCACCACGCCAGUACCUUGAAGGCGAUUACGCGUUCGGUACAGGACCAAUUCAAGGGCAGAUGACAGUAAAGGGCGGAGCAGGGCAGGGAAGCGUGUGCUCUGUUGACUGGGACAGAGGGGAUAAUGGAAAAUGUGGAUAUUGGAAGCAAACUUCAGGCCCUACUGGAAAUGGAUGCCAGCAGUAUCAGAACACUUGGUUUAGCUGCGAUGAAGUUUACAGUGGUUAA